UCGCGAUGUGGAGCAACCGCUGCUCGUUUUUACUCCUGGCGCUGCUGAUCGCCGGCAGUGCUGGAAAAGUGUACGGCAGAUUGCCUAGAAUCCUGCCGGAAGCCCUGGCCGAAGGCGAUGAAGGUGUUGCAGUGCGCGGUGACUGUGAAUUCAAGGUCAACGGUGACCUCAAUGAUCCCGCUCCGCUGUUUUCGCGUCACAACUCCUAUGAAAUCAUCGUUCCCGAUCCCACGGAUACCGUGCGUCUGGUGAAUGGCGAACUCUUGGAUAUGUUCUGUCCGGGAGUGGGAUUUGCAGCUCCAUUCGACAACCGCACACGAGUGACGGCCCAGUGUUUGCAAAACAAGUAUUUCCUGGUUGAUGAUCUCAUCUAUCCGUUCAACAACUUCUCCUGCACCCAGUGGGCCACCUUUACGGCUCUUCGCACGGGACAAGACUGCAAUGGCGGCACGGAUCUUGUCAAGGUAGGCUUCGAGGUGGAUGAUGGCGGCUUCCUGCAGACCUACGAACUCUGCCACGAUGCCGAGGCGGAGGCCACGCGAUACGUCCACCAUGUGCUAUACCCCUCGAGCUAUGACUAUCAGCAUGGAGUGGCGAGACCCAGUUUCAUCGAACUGGACUUCUACGGCGGUCGGGAUGUGAACACAAAGUACACUCAGGUGCAGCAGAACAUCACCAUCAGUGGAAUACUCGGCAUGGACGCCUCACCCUUCUUCAACUACUCAGAUGAUCGAAUCCUGGCGCGUGGACACAUGAUUGCCAAGACGGACACGAUCUUUGGCGCUGCACAGAUGUCGACGUUCUUGUUUAUCAACGUGGCUCCACAGUGGCAGACCUUCAACGGAGGCAACUGGGAGAAGGUGGAAACCAGCGUUCGAAAGUUCGUGGCCGAUCGUAAUCUCACCACUGAUUGCUAUACGGGCACUUACGGCGUGUCCACUCUGCCGGGCGUGGAUGGCGUGGAGAGGGAGCUUUAUCUUGACUUUGAUGAAAACAAUAAUGGCUUGAUUCCCGUCCCGAAGUUCUACUAUCGCGUCGUAAUCGAUCGGGAGAGCCGGGAGGGCAUCGUCCUCAUUGGCAUCAACAAUCCCUACUUGACUCUGGAGGAGAUCCUAAAGGACUAUAUUCUGUGCCAGGAUAUUGGCCAUCAGCUGAGCUGGUUGAGUUGGUCCAAGGAGGAUCUGCACGAGGGUUAUAGCUACGCCUGCACUGUGGAGGAUUUCACUAAGGUAGUGAAGGACUUGCCUCUGGAUGAUCUGUACACAAGCGGCGUCCUUGGGCUGGAUGAUGUGACCACAGUGGGUCCUACGAGUACCACGGAAGAACCUACAACGACUCCUACUCCCACCACAGUUCCUUCUACAACAGAGGAAUCCACCACCGAGGAAUCUACGACGGAAUCAAGCUCAUCGAGUGCUUUGCCCACCACUGUUUCAUCCACAACUGAGGAACCCAGCUCCACGACGGAAGCACCCACUACCUCCACAGCUACUCCGACGGAGGAAACCACAUCCUCCACUGCUACUCCCACUGAAGAGCCGAGCUCCUCUACAGCUACUCCCACUGAGGAACCCACUUCCUCUACUGCUACUCCCACUGAGGAACCCACUUCCUCCACUGCUGCUCCCACCGAGGAACCCACGUCCUCCACUGCUACUCCCACUGAAGAGCCGACUUCAACCUCUUCUAGUUCUUCCACAACUACAAGUCCCCCUGUAACCACAUCCAGUCCCAUUGCCAAUCCCUGCAGGUUCAACAUCAAUGGCGACCUCAAGGAUCCUGCUCCGCUUCUUACUCCCCAAGGAGCCCUUAGCUGGUUGCUGCCUGACGAAAGUGGCUUCUACACCGUGGAAGAAGGAUCUUCCAUUGACCUUCACUGCACUGGAGCUCUGGUUUCCCCCUUCAACCGCUAUACCGCUCUGACAGCUCGAUGUGUGGGUGAUCAGUUGUACGAGGCAGAGGACCAGCGUGUUGGCAUUCGCGUAUUCGUGUGCCAGAGUUGGCCCACUUAUGAGGCAGUGCGAACCGGAGAGAUCUGCGAGGGCGGCACUGAUCUCGUUCAGAUCGGAUUCGAUGUGGCCGCCGGCCUGCUUACCCAUCUGGAGAUCUGCUACGACCAGCAGGAGCAGAUUUCGCGAUAUGCUCGCUACGAACUGACCCCAGCCAAUGUGGCCUAUCAGCGGGGAGUGGCACAGCCGGGCUACCUUCGAGGGGACUUUUACACUGGCGAGGAUGUCAACGUUCUUUAUGGUCAAUCGCGUCAGUUGGAGUCAUUCAAUGCCGCCCUGGGCUUGGAUGCCAGUCAGUACUUCGAUAGUUCCAAGGAUCUCUACUUGACCCGUGGACAACUGGCAGCUCGCCAGGAUUUCAUCCACAGUUCCGCCCAGAGGGCUACGCACUUUUACAUAAACGCUGUGCCCCAGUGGAGGAGCACCAACAUUGGCAAUUGGCUGGCUGUGGAGUCCAGUCUGCGGCAGUUUGUGGCGAACCAGGGGCUGAAUGUCAGUGUCCAUGCUGGCAGCUAUGGCAUCUCAACUUUACCCAAUUCCCAAGGUGUCCAGACCGAGCUGUAUCUGAACAGUGAAACCAAGCAGCUGCCGGUGCCUAAGAUUCUCUACCGCCUGGUUAUCGACCAGGAUACUCGCAAGGGUGUGGUCCUCAUAGUGGUAAAUAAUCCCCAUCUUACCCUAGCCCAAACCCUGGAUGACUAUGUGGUUUGUGAGGAUGUGGGUGCUCAGUUGGAUUGGUUGGACUGGGACAAGACGGACAUCUCGAAGGGCUACUCAUAUGCCUGCGCUGUGGAUGACUUCAUAAAGAUAGUGAAGGACUUGCCGCUGGAUCAACUGGAGACCACUGGCGUGCUGGGCCUCUCCAACCAGGAUUUGCAGGAUGAGGUGUGCAGCUUCCGGGUGAACGGAGGAGAUCUGAAGGAUCCAGCACCGCUAUUUGUCGUACGAAGUGAAUUGGGCAUUGCCAGGUACUUGGAGCCCGAUCAGGAAGGCGUGGUGCAGCUGAAACAUGGAGAGUCCUUGGAGUUCCACUGCAUCAAGCCCUUCACUGGCUCCUUUGCUGGCUACACAUUCGUGAAUUCCACCUGCUGGCAGCAGCAGAACUUCCUGGCCCUGGGCAGUCUUUACCAGCUCCAGGAUUUUGUUUGCACCUCUUGGCCAACGUAUACGGCUCGCCGCACCAAUCGUCCCUGCAAUGGAGGCACUGAUCUCCUGGAAGUGGGCUUCCAGCUCUCGGCCACCUCCUCGGAUGACUUCCUGCAGACCUACGAUGUGUGCCACAAUGAACUCUCGGAGGUCACGCGCUAUGUGCAUCACGUCCUCUAUCCAGGAAGCGCUCAAUACCAGCGAUCGGUGUCCAGACCGACCUUUAUACCAGGCGACUUUUACAAUGGCAAGGAUGUGAACACGAUGUACACCCAAGUCCAGCAGAACAUCACUGUCUCGGAGAUCCUGGGCAUGGAUGCCUCGCACUACUUCAACAUCAGCAGCAAUGUCUACCUGGCCCGGGGUCACAUGUCGGCCAAAACAGACUUUGUUUUCGGCGCCGCCCAGCAGGCCACCUUCUUCUUUGUGAACGUGGCUCCACAGUGGCAGACUUUCAAUGGCGGCAACUGGGAGCGAGUGGAGGAUAGCGUGAGGAAGCUCGUGGCUGACGAGAACAUUACCGCGGACUGCUACACGGGCACGUGGGGUGUGUCCACCCUGCCGGAUGUGAAUGGUGUCGAGAGGGAGCUGUAUCUGGACUUUGAUGAGAAUAACAAUGGCUUGAUUCCGGUUCCCAAGCUGUACUACCGCGUCGUCAUUGAUCGGGAGAGCAGAAAGGGAAUCGUUUUGAUUGGAGUAAACAAUCCACAUGCCGACUUGGAGCAAAUCGCAAAGGAGUAUCUUAUCUGCGAGGAUAUAGGUGAUCAAUUGACUUGGGUCAGUUGGACCAAGGAGGAUCUGGGUAAGGGCUAUUCCUACGCCUGCACCGUGGAGGACUUUACUGCCGUGGUAAAGGAUCUGCCACUGGACGAUCUGGCCGUAGAGGGAGUGCUGGGCAUUCAAGACUAGAAUGUGCUAUAAAUAAUGAAUUUCCUUAAUUUAAAACCAAUAAAAAUACAACCCACUUGC